AGUAUAAAUAUGUUCCGUUCUCAUGAAGUCGGAGUUGGUGGACUGUUCUUCAAACGCAAAGGCCAAUUUUCCAUUAAAAACAGGAUUUAAUAACACUAUACAAAUCACUGCAGAAAACGAGGGUGUACCUGGAGUUGGAGUGGAGACGAGAGAAAGCGUACCCAUUAAUUUUCAGAAGAUUAAGAAGAAAAUUGCAACCAAAAGCUAUGCAAGUGAACAUAACACCCUAUGUCGAUGGAUCGCCUUCACGAAUUAUAUUAUCCGAGCCCACUGGAUCAACUGCCGAGGUUCGUUUGUAUGGUGGACAAGUUGUCUCUUGGAAGAAUGAACGAAGAGAAGAGCUGCUAUUCAUGAGUAGUAAGGCCUUAUGGAAACCUCCAAAAGCUGUCAGAGGUGGUGUUCCCAUCUGCUUUCCACAGUUUUCAAAUUUUGGUCCACUGGAACAACAUGGAUUUGCAAGAAACAGAUUGUGGUCAUUGGACAACUCUCCUUCUCCUCUGCCCCCUGCAAACAAUCAGUCAACUGUGGAUCUCAUUUUGAAAUCCACAGAUGAAGAUUUAAAGGCUUGGCCACAUAGAUUUGAGUUGCGGCUACGCAUUUCUCUCAGUGCGGGCAAGCUCACUUUCAUCCCUCACGUGAGGAAUUCAGAUAACAAGCCAUUCUCAUUUUCGUUCGCACUGAAAAAUUAUUUGUCCGUGUCUGACAUCAGUGAAGUCCGUGUUGAGGGGUUGGAGACACUAGACUACUUGGACAAUAUGUUGGAGAGAGAAAGGUACACAGAACAGGCAGAUGCAAUUACCUUCGAUGGUGAGAUUGAUCGAGCAUAUUUGAGCACACCAACAAAAAUUGCCAUAAUAGACCACGAGAAAAAGAGGACCUUUGUUCUCCGUAAAGAAGGCAUGCCAGAUGCAGUUGUGUGGAACCCUUGGGACAAAAAAUCCAAGGCCCUUCCAGAUUUAGGCGAUGAAGAUUACAAAACAAUGCUAUGUUUGGAUUCUGCUGUAAUUGAAACUCCAAUUGUGUUGAAACCCUUUGAAGAGUGGAAGGGCCGUCAAGAGCUGUCUACGGUUUCUUCAAGUUAUUGCAGCGGGCAAUUAGACCCUCAAAAGGUUAUUCGUGGAUUCAUCUGAAUGUGGUUUAGGUAUGUAUCUAUUAUGUGUGUGUGUGUGUGUGUAUAAAUUCGAACCUUUUUUUUUUUUUUUUUUUUUUUUUAAAUAGCAUUUGUUGAGGAUCUGAAUCUCAUAUAUUGAGAUUAGAAUCCAAGUGCUUGUAAUGUCAGCCACUGGUGGUUUGUUUUUCCUAUCUAGUUACUAGACAUGUUAAGGUGAUUACCAUGCAAUAUAUUUCCUCAUGGGCAUUACAACAAUAUCUUAUUAUCGCGUAAUCUUGUUCAUUGUAGGCUUUUCCCCAUGGAACUUUAUACAUGCAUUUUCUGGAUUAUUGUAAAUGUACUAGACUACUAGUGUUGAUGAGUUCGAGUGAGCUAAAACUUUGUUUUUCUU